AUGCUGGUCAACGAUAUAUUGGAUGCGCUCCGCACUGAGAAUCAACGAUUGGUGGCCGACCUCAAGGUGUUGAGCGAAGACAACGAACGCUUCCUCCAAGACCUAUGUCUUGAGCGACAAUUGAACCACGUUUUGGACAAUUACAAGAACUAUUCGCUCAUUUUGAUCCAACGAUGCAAAUGCGAUAUCAAUGCCGACAUUAUCUCCAAAUUGAAUCAAUUCAACGACGAAUACAAGUGUCUUAAACACAACCGCAGAAGCGAUGAUCCAAACGCUGGCUUAUUAUCUGGAACUCGUGGUUCGUUUACGGAUCCGUCCGAAGAGUUAAUAACGUCGAAGAAUAUGGUCGACGAUCUGACGGACAAUCACGUGGUGUGCGAUGAAUGUCAACAAACGUUUGAAACGACUGUCAUUUUAGAGAUCCAUCGGAAUAGUGUCCACAAGAAUGUCGAGUCGUAUACGUGUCACAAAUGCGAGCUUGUCUUCAACUGUCGGGAUCUGUUUAGCGACCAUUUGUCUCAACACGAUUCGGCCGCAAACGACGAUCACAUGGAUAUCAAACCUGACAUCCAUUCGCUCAAUGCGAGCCCAAAGUCGAGUCCAAUGAAGAGUCUAAUGAAGAGUCCAAUGAAGAGGAAUUGGACUAAAGUGGCCAAAAUGGCCAAAAAUAAUGGCAUUAAUCAUAAUUACAAACUAAUGACUGAAUUAUUGCACAAGACUUACCAGAAUGUGGGCAAAAAAGGUGCAAAAGUGGUGACAAAUACAUCG